GCAUUGCCAUGCAAAUCAGAGGGGAUAAGUAGGGCGGCGCGGGCCGAGAGCGGCGCUGCCGGGGGACGCGGACCCGCCAUGGCGCCCGCCUUCCGGCUCGGCAAGGGCCGCCCGCCGCGGGGGGACGAGGGCUGCGCGGAGGCCCGCGCCGACAGGAGGACGAGGAAGCCGCUGGUGGAGAAGAAGCGCCGGGCGCGGAUCAACGAGAGCCUGCAGGAGCUGCGGCUGCUGCUGGCCGACAGCGAGUUCCAGGCGAAGCUGGAGAACGCGGAGGUGCUGGAGCUGACGGUGCGGCGUGUGCAGGCCGUGCUGGAGCGCCGCUCUCUCGGGGGCGGGCGGCUGCACCGCGAAGCCAGCGAGCGCUUCGCCGCCGGCUACAUCCAGUGCAUGCACGAGGUGCACACCUUCGUCUCCAGCUGCCCCGGCAUCGACGCCACCACGGCCGCCGAGCUGCUCAACCACCUGCUGGAGUCCAUGCCCCUCAACGAGGGCGGCUUCCCGGACUUGAUCGCGGACGCUUUGGCAGACCCCACCCCCGGGCCCUGGCCCGGCGGGGCGGCACUGGUCCCCGCAGCAGAGCCCUCCCUGGGCCUGGCACCGCCCGCCUCGGCACCCUCGCCCUCUCCCAGCGAAGAGACCUGCUCCGACUCGGAUGAGGCAGAGGCCGAGCCGGGCCAGACCUCCACUGACGGACUGGAUGCUUCCCAGACGCACAGCCUGCCUUCACCCAGCUUACCCAAAUCCAUGUGGAGACCCUGGUAAUGGGGGAGUGCGCAGGAGGCAACGCAGACCUACCUAGUGCGGAGAGCGGCCGUCCUGCUGGCCCCUGCCGCCCUCCAAGAAGCGUGGGGACACCAGCCUGCGUGUGGCCGGCGCCGCAGGACUGCAUCAGUGGCACUCUGACACUGUCACACCCUGACAGGCUAAUAGCGAAACGUGUUAACAUUUCAUCUGUGUGUCUGUGUGUGUGUGUGUGGCAUUUUGUAACUUCAGGGGUUGUUUUUAUGAGAGGUUUGGGGGGUGGGGGGAGUUGGCUUUUAAUAGCAAAGCUCUUUGGUGGGUAAACAGCAGUUAUUUUAUAACCCUGUCUCUUUCUCUUGGCCCUUAUGAGUGGCACAAAUAUCACUACCUUUUUCUCAUAAGAAAAAGCCCUGGUGCAUUUUAAAUCAUGGCGGUUUACUCCAUGAUAAGCUCAAAUAAGCCUGCAUGCACAGUUUUAAGUGUUCUAGUGAUAGCAAAGAUCCCUGAAAGGGGUUGGUGUGGUUAGCAUCUGUACGAGGUAGCAGUCUAGAGUCUCACCUUCAGUGAAGGAAAACUAGAAAGCUGUUGGAAUUAGAUGAACAUUUACAAGAUAGAGGUGGCAGGGUGCCUUUUAGAAAUGAGCGUCUUUAUGCACAUUUUGCUUUUAGCACAUUGCAGUUUGUGACUUUAUGUAUAUUAGGGUGUCAAGCAUUUUUUAUCUUUUAAUAAAAAAUACUGAAUUCACAAUUGAUUGCAUGUAUUGUGGAGUGUGAAGCACUUCUAACCAGUAAUACAGUUCCCUGUUAACUACUAACAAAAUAAUGUUAUGGAAACAAUGCUGGUAAUUAGGCACUUAAUUCUUGUACUAAGCAUUGUUAGCCAAGUAUUGGAAUUAAAAUGUUUCUUUUGUUUAGUA